AUGGCGGUUCCCACCAACCGCCGAGCUAUAUUGCUCGCUACAUUCAUUGCUUUUGGAGGUAAUAUCCUUCAUCUUGUGUCGCUAGCCUCACGAAAGCCUGGGUGCCUGAUCAUGCCCGACUUCGCAGCGAGAUUUGGGCAGAUAGGCUCCGAUGGACAACCAUACCUUUCUAGCUCUCGACAGUCCAUUAUAACCUCCCUCCUUGGGGUGGGCACAAUUGUUGGUGCAAUUGCCCAGGCCUUCACUUCUGACAGAUUUGGCCGACGAGGGUCAGUCAUCAUAUGGUCUGCAGUUUUCACUGUGGGUGUCGCGAUUCAGACGGCAACCGGGAGAGUACUUGCUCAGAUCGUGUUUGGGCGAUUCGUUGCUGGCCUGGGCGUCGGCGCGCUGUCAGCCAUCGUCCCAUUAUAUAAUGGCGAAACUGCACCGAAAGCACUGCGGGGCGCGCUGAUCGUCCUUUAUCAAGUCAACAUUUUCAGCGGGAUCUUCAUAAGUGACUGCAUAGAACUAGGGACGCAGAGGCUCAAAGGCUCCCCUUCUUGGCGUAUCCCGAUCGGUCUCCAGAUGCUAUGGGGCCUCAUUCUUCUUUCUGGCGUCUUCUUCCUCCCUGAGUCCCCGUGGGUCACCAUUCAUCACAACUUCAGUGGGGUCCUAGCACUGAUACUGUGUUCUAGUCGGCAUCUGUUGGGCAUUGGGAAGGAGACAGAAGCACAAGCCGUCGUUGCCGAGCUGAACGGGGUGCCGCAAGACGACCCGCUUGUGCAGGACAUCAUUGAAGAUCUAGCAUUCGGUAUCAAGGCGGAGAACGAGGGAGGAAAGGUCACUUGGCUAGAGUGCUUCUCGACUAGGAACCAGUUGUGGAAGAGAACCAUUAAUGGUAUGAUGUUGAUGUUUAUUCAGCAGCUCAAUGGCCAGAACUUCUACUUUUACUACGGCGACACAUUCUUCCAGACAAUUCUCGGAGCAGUAUCUGUAGCAGGCGUGAUACCCGCCCUCUAUCUCAUCGAUGCCUGGGGUCGUAGAAGGUCUCUCCUCAUCGGAGCACUUGCUCAGGCUGCCUGCGCCAUUAUUGCAGCUCUGGUCGGACAUCUCUUGCUAGCCCCCACUGGCACUCCGGCAAAUUUAUUGACUGCACGCAACCGCCAAGGCGGUGACGUUUUGAUAGCGUUCGCUGUCAUACAUGUCUUCGCGUUUAGCUUGUUCUGGGGUGCCACGCCAUGGCGAGUCUUCUGCGUAUUCACAAGCGAAAUAGAACUGACCGGUCCACAUAAAGGGUUUAUGUAG